GCUGCUGUUUCCACUGAUACCUUCCUGGCUGACUGACAAGAUGAAGACUCCCUUCAUUUUAGUGACUCUGCUCUGUUUCUGUGCUGGCAGCUUUGGAUGUGACUCAGGACUUCGGUUGGAAUGGGACUUUCCAGGUUCAGACAUCAACAUCCUUUUCUCUCCAGAUGCUCAACACUGUCAGUUCCUCUGCACUCAGGAGGCGACUUGUCUCUUUUGGGCGUUUAUUGGUCCUGACUGCCUGGUUGAUGACAGACACUACCACUGCUUCCUUAAGGCCACGCCGUCAGGAAAACCAGAAAAACAGAAUCCCAAGCAGGGCACCACUGCCGGUUAUUCUCUGAAGUCCUGCAAUCCACUACCACCUCUGUCACUAUCCAAAGUUUAUGAGGAUGUGAAUUUCCCCGGAGCGGACUACAGGACCUUCUUCACAGUGGAUUACAAGGUGUGUCAGAAAGCCUGCACCGAUGAUCCUUUCUGCCAGUUCUUCUCGUACCACAAUGAGAAGUAUAGCGACAUAAAUGUCCGGUACAAGUGCUACCUUAAAUACAGCUGGUCAGUACCAAGAACCCCAUCUGUCGUAGCUAGUGCUGACAGAAUAUCUGGAUUUUCUCGUGAAUUACAAAUAAUUCCCUCCUCUCAAACAGAGUGUCAGCGCACACUUUUUGUAAACACUGACUUUCCUGGUUACGACAUCGCAGUUCACCAAGCUGGCUCACCUGAACUGUGUCAGGUGUUGUGCUCCGCUCACCCACAAUGCUCUUACUUCUCUUUUGUCAGCAACGAAUUUAAAUGUUAUCUGAAGAACAAUCAAAAUGAAAUGGUCCCAAAAUAUGUGAGUGGUAUCACAUCUGGGCUGCCAUCGCAAUCCUGUCCGCUGCGUAACGAGACGAAUCCAUUCUCACCAAAUCACCUUACAAUGUAUGAAGGAAUAGAUUUCCCAUACUCGGACCUUCGCUAUUUCUCACUGAACAACGCUGAGUCGUGUGAGAGCGCCUGCACCUCGGACCCCAACUGCCAGUUCUACAGCUACAUUACCUCAAGCCAUCUCUGCUAUCUAAAGCGUGUCAUCACCAUGCCCGCUCCUCCCAAAGUGACCAACCAGGCUAACGUGGUGUCGGGCUUCACCCUGAGGAAGAGUUUCCUUUGAAUCCUUUGAAUCCUGCAGCUGCAUUAAACUUUU